AUGACUCGCGCACAAAUCCGUAAGGUGGCGGUCAUUGGUGCCGGUAUUAGUGGUGUUGUUUCCGCGGGACACCUCCUCGCGGCUGGGUUUGAUGUGACAGUCUUCGAGAGAAAUAAAGUUGCAGGAGGAGUCUGGCUGUACGAUGAACGACAGCCGGUAGAGCCGCAGUAUCCCGCGACGAAGCCGUCAGAAACAGAUCAACCGGCGAAAGAUCAACACCAGAAGGAGAGAUUCAUUCUCGAACAUGCACCACCUGGCCCCUGCUAUGAGGGUUUGAGGAAUAACGUUCCCACGCCUUUGAUCCGCGUGAAGCUCAAUGCAUGGCCGGAAGGCACUCCAGACUUCGUCAGCCACGAUGUAAUCAAAGACUAUAUUCAAGAUACAUCUCGGAAAGCGAAAGUUGAUGACGUCACAAUUUAUGGAGCACGAGUAAAAGACCUUCGCAAACGUGGUGAUAAAUGGGAGGUAGUCUGGUCGACAGUCCGCGAGAACAGCCAGACAGAUACCGUGGUCGAAGUGGAAGAGAUAUCGAUAUUUGAUGCGAUAAUUGUCGCAUCUGGACACUACCAUGCGCCACGUAUUCCAGAUAUACCUGGCUUGUCGGAAGCGAAGAGCCAUUGGGAUUCUCGAAUUAUGCAUUCGAAGGGGUAUCGAAAGGCGGAAGGCUUCGAGAACAAGAAUGUCCUUCUUGUUGGCGGUGGAGUAUCAUCUACGGACAUUGCGAAGGAAAUUGGCCCCGUCGCCAAAACUGUCUACCAAAGCACGAGGAACGGCGACUUUGAUCUUCCAGAAGCCAUGCUCCCUGAUAACGGGGUGAGGAUUGGCGAAAUAUCCCACUUUGACAUCGAGAGCGGCAAGGGCUCAAUUUCCGAUGACGAGGCUUUACCCUUAACCAUACAUCUGAAGUCGGGACAAAAACUAUGCGGAAUCGAUCGGGUGAUCAUCUGCACUGGUUAUCACAUCACCCUUCCUUUCCUGCGGGAUUACCACAGCGACGACACGCCUGCUGAACUUGCUGAUGAGAAGAUCUUGGUCACUGAUGGGACUCAAGUGCAUAAUCUGCAUAAAGAUAUAUUCUACAUUCCCGAUCCCACACUGGCCUUUAUCGGGGUUCCCUACUACACCGCCACAUUUACCCUGUUCGAAUUCCAGGCGCUCGUGGCGACGCAGGUCUUUGCCGGAAUCGCCAAGACACCUUCUGAGGAUACCAUGAGAUUCGAGUACUUGGCUAAGAUCAAGGAGGUUGGCAGUGGGAAGAAGUUUCACUCGUUGAAAGAUAAGGAAGAAUUUUACGUGAGGGAUCUAUUGCAAUGGGUGAAUGAUGACCGGGCAACCUAUGGGCUUAGUCCCUUGGAAGGACAUUCCCCCCAGUGGCUUGGAGCCAAGGAGGAACAUCGAAAAUGGAUUCAAGAUCGUUGGCAGACCACAGGUCGGAGGGACAGUGGUGUCGGCGAGCUUCCGGUGUUGGCAGUAUGUAGUUAA